GGAGGAGACGUUUUGCACAGGAAGCAGAGGAGCGCACCGCACAGCACCGCACGGCAGGAGAAAUUAUAACAAAAGGGAAAAAGGAUAUUGUGAAGAAAGUGAUAACGUAACGUUUUAUUAUUAUUUAUUUAGAAAAACUGAAACAUUAGGCAAACAGCAGUGUUUUAAAUCUAUCUGGAUGAGAUGGUGUUUCGUUUCGCCUAAAACAACUCUAAUCCAGCAAUCAUAACCCCGAAUAAUAAUUUGAGUUGGUGUAAAGUCUCUGGAAAGGUAUACAAUGGCGAAAUCUAAGAACUUUGGAAUCGACGCGCUGUUGGCGCACCGGGUGGACCGAGACAGCUCCCCGGGACUGUGUUCUGAGGACAGCCCUGUCUCGUGCCGCCGGUCGGAGACCCCAUCCCCGCGGAGGACCUCCAACGGUAUCCACAUUCAGACCGGAAUUAUCCCCAAACCGGGUCUAAUGAAUUUCGCUCACCAGGGACUGACCCAGCUGUCUCAGGGGGCCAUCCAUGGAAUGUAUCCCACACACAUGUACCCCAUCGCGGCCCUGGGGGGCCAGCAUACAGCCUUCGCCUACCCCGGCUUCGCCCAGCCCUACCCGGAACACCUAAAGGCAGCAUUUAUGGCUGGGUUCCCGCUAGAACACUGGAUUAGAGCUGGAAUGAUGAUGCCAAGACUCGGGGACUAUGGCGGUAAGUAGCCUUCAGGGGUCCCAUUUGUAUUUGUUUGAAUAUAAUUGAAGUAUCUGUCUCUAUCACUGUUCAUAGUAGUUAUAAUAAUAUGCCAUUUAGCAGACGCUUUUAUCCAAAGCGACUUACAGUCAUGCGUGCAUACAUUUUUUGUGUAUGGGUGGUCCCGGGGAUCGAACCCACUACCUUGGCGUUACAAGCGCCGUGCUCUACCAGCUGAGCUACAGAGGACCACACUAACUAAAAGUUAGUGUGAAAAUAAAAUAGUUGUAAAUAAGUUAUUAAAACAGAAUGUUGUCUCUGUUGGUAGCUUCGGUAGCUUUUCAUUGAAUUAUUUGGCCCUUAUAAUAUCGUUGAACAAUGUGUCGAGUUUACUACAUUGUAGGAGGACUCUUGAAAUGGAAUAUUGUAAAAUAAAAAUAUUGCUUAGAUCUUGCGCUUUCUUUUCUGAAUUAUUUAAAAUAAUGGACUUGUAAAUUAGUCGUUUUAAAUGCAGAUAUUAUCAUGUUUUUAUUUAUUUUUUUACACAAAAAUAAGCAGUCAAACACAAAUUAAAUAAGUUAUCAUUGCAUCUUUCAGGUGAUCUUGAGUGCCAUUGGAACUGCAGCCUAGUUACUCCUGAACCAUAAUCAUGUCUCUUUGUCUGUAAUCAUUUACCUUAGUCAUAAAUAACAUUUUAAUUAAUAGGCGCCAAGUGUGAGAUUGAACAACAUACAAUAAAGAAACACCUGACUAAGUCCACUUCGUCAACAAAAGCCAUAUCACCCUGUCCUCGGGUCAACUGUAAACCAAAGUCAAAAUAAAACUGAUAUCAUCAGAAAGGACAGCUUUUAAAGGUGAACAUGUUUCUAUCUCAGCCCCAUCCCUUAUAGAAGAGCAUGAACGUGACAUGUCAAAAAAAACACAUGUACACAUAAAUGUGAUAUAAAUAAACCAUUGAUUAUUAUCAUUAUAAUUAUUUUAUAAAUAAUAACAAUUAUUAUUAUUAGUAGUAGUUGUUUUAACGUGUGAUAAUAACCUCUCUCAUGGUCUCCCCUCCAGCCUCUCCUCCGGCAGGGCUGAUGGGGAAGUGUCGUAGGCCCAGAACAGCCUUCACCAGCCAACAGCUACUACAGUUGGAGAACCAGUUCAAACUCAACAAAUACCUGUCCAGACCCAAACGCUUUGAGGUGGCCACGUCUCUCAUGCUCACAGAGACACAGGUGAGCGAGAUGAUCCCAUAGAGAUAGUCGGAUAAAUGUUGAUUUAAUGUCCUAAACUUUAGACUCACUAAAAUGAGCUGCAGGUUGUUUGACUGACAUGUUUAUCCUUGUGUAACUGUCGUGUUCAGUUCUGACCUUGUGUAACUGUCGUGUUCAGUUCUGACCGUGUGUUCUGGUUCCGUUCAGGUGAAGAUCUGGUUCCAGAACAGGCGUAUGAAGUGGAAGCGUAGCCGCAAGGCCAAGGAGCAGGCAGCCAAGGGCCAAGGGGACUCAGACUGCCCACGUGGGGGGAAGCAGGGCAGCAAUAGUGGGUCUGGAGACACCCGCAACUCUGGUACUCCGGACGAUGAAGAUCAGGAGGAUCUGGAAGCAGGGGAAGAUGUGUUAAGUGCUGGUACCUUAGGAGCUGGAGUAGUUUUAGCGUCUCACCCCACAGAUUUCCUGAGGCACACUGCUACAGAGCUCAGCUAUAGUUCUCAUGGUUCCUACUCAGACAAUGAACUAGAGGACAGUGGGCCUGGGCUGGAGAGAAGGGUUGGGGUGGGGUUAUGA